CUGGACGGCUUUCUGAAAGAGCCCCACCUUACAAAAAACCAAAAAAAAAAAACAUCCUCUCCGAUCCCUGCUAUCGACUGGCUGGCUUCCUAAUUAAACAGUUACCGUCAAUUAUAAGAGCCUGAUCCUACUCAUACACAUUUGUGGUGGACCGUCUCUUCCCUCAGGAUGGAUCACCGUCUCUUGAGUCUCGACUCAGUUUCUGCCGCCGUUGGUGUCCCGAAAGACAUCCUAAAACUUCUGGGCCUCUUAUUACUUUCGACACCAUUGUCGAUCCCAUUGGCGAACCUAAGAUCAAGAUCAAUCCACAUCUAUUCGAUCCUCUGCUCGACCGUCUUUCUUUUGCUCGUCUUCAACUUGACGUCCGGUUGGAUCCAAUUGGUCACAAGCUCCCUCGCUACCUGGUUGACUUUAAAAAUCCAACUAAACCGUAAAAACUUGAAAUCUAAAACCCCUUGGUUGAUCUUCUUCGGUUUGCUAGGUCAUUUAACUAUCAAUCAUGCCCGUCGACUUUUUUGGAACGUCUCACCGGAUACAGUUGAGAUCACUGGUUCUCAAAUGGUUCUGGUCAUGAAACUAUCGACGUUUGCAUGGAAUGUUUACGAUGGUCAACAGCCGACUGAAAGCCUAGAUGGAUACCAACGAUCCACGGCCAUCAAGGAGCUUCCAGGCCUACUCGAAUUCUUCGGAUACUGCUUCUUCUUCCCAUCCUUGCUCGUCGGUCCGGCCAUCCCUUUCAGCGAUUACUCCAAAUUUACUUCUGCGCGUGAUCAUGGCCUCGUUUCGCCCCCUGGCCGCGGAGCUCAUGCGUUGCGCAAGAUCGCUACUGGCCUGCUUUUUGCUGCUCUCGUCGGCUUGUAUGGUGGUCAAUGGAGCUAUGAAAGAAUUUUGGAAGACGAAUUUCUGGCUAAAAGUUGGCUACAAAGGCUUUGGCAUUUGCAGGUUGCGGGAUUCAUGUCGAGAGCAAGGUAUUACCUAGUCUGGAGUCUAGCUGAAGCCUCAUUAGCGAUGUCAGGAUGUGGAUACGAUCGAAUUAAAGGCGACUGGUCCGGUGGACGCAACAUCGAAAUCAAGGAGAUUGAGCUAGCGCAAAACUACAAGGCAGUGUUUGACAAUUGGAACAUGAAAACGAAUAUCUGGUUGAGAGAAUGUGUGUAUAAACGGGUUGCUGUUAUGGAGGGAAACAAACCUGGGUUUCUAUCAACUAUGGCUACAUUUGGCGCAUCAGCUGCUUGGCAUGGCCCAUUACCGGCCUACUUCGUCGCCUUUAUUUCAGGCGGCUUCCUACAAGCCUUGGGCAGGUCGAUCCGAGGGGCCAUCAGGCCAUUUUUCCUGGCUUCUUCGCGGAUCAGCAAGAUGGUCUAUGAUGGCUUAUGCAUCGUUGGUACACAGACCACGCUGAACUACCUCGUCGUGCCCUUCGUUUUGCUCGACAUUGGGAGCACGAGGGUGGUCUACAACCGACUGGCCUGGUACGGUCACAUCAUCGCCGGCAUCCCGAUGCUCAUCUUAUGGGCCGGCGGAUUGGAGCGCAAACUACGGAAGCGUCACGCUAGCCACAUCAAGGAGCAGGACAAGAAAGCGCAGGUAGUAGCCAAGCAAAGCAAACCCACCACCAUGGAGCCCGUCGUCGUCGCCUCUGGAAAUAGCAAGACGGUCAUCACUGCUACUACCAAUCCCGUCGAUGGCCAAAAGACGAUAUCUAUGACCACCGUGAUCGGCACCAAACUCAAAUCAACUUGAGACGACAGAUCACGCGUUGUUGACCAGCAGACAGACUGAUAAACAACCUCAAUCAUUUAUGCCGAGGAAUGAAGUUUGAUGAACCCGCCGUUUUUCUACAAACAAUCAACUUCCUCAACUCAUCAGUACCUUUCUUUUUGUUGUUUUGUAUUCCUAGCAACAAAAAAACCCUGAUUAUUUUUCGUCUCCUCUUAUCAGUUUGCAUUUUAUCAUAGACCACUGCUCUCCUGUCAAUCAUUCCCUUUCAUUUUGAUCAAUAUUUUGGGUCUUAUGCUAUGGUCUCACCUUUUUUUUUUUUGGUUCUUUUAUCAAUUUUGAUCUUUUGAUUGUCUUGUGCUUUUUUUUGGGAGGGGAGGACAAGAUUGGAAUAGUAUUCUGAAGACGAAGGCUGGGGUAUAUAUAGACUAGUUCAGUGUGAUGUGUAGGAUGAGCAUGUCAUAUGAUGAACUGAUAGAGAUGUUGGGUUGAUUCAUUUUCCUUUGUUUGGCUUUAGUAAUCACUUGGUUGGCAAAAACAAAAUCAAGAAAUUGAGGUAUUUGUAACC